GCCGCCGGCGGAGCUCGGGAGGCCGCGGCGCCCCUCUGCUUCCACCUGGAUAGGGCCCUGGUUGGGGCGCUCAUAGGUCGAGGCGGAACGAAAAUAAGAGAACUUGAGGAUUCUUCGGGUUCCAGAAUAAAGGUUACAAAGGGAACGCAUGAAGCUGAAGUAAAGAUUUUUGGCAGUGCCACUGUGCAAAACAAAGCCAAGAUGUUGAUUGAUGCUGUUACAGGAUCCGGGCAAAACUACAUUAGAGGAAAAACCUUGGACAUUAUUAAGCCUGAAAAUAACCCAAAGAAACCAGUGAUUAACUGGGCUUCUCUUCGAGAAAACAGAGCUAAAUACGAAGCUAUGAAGUGGGCAGGCUUGCCUCCAAUUGAGAAAAACUUCUACAAAGAAUCGUCAAGGACUGCAUCUAUGUCACCAGAAGAAGUGGAACUGUGGCGGAAGGAAAAUAAUAAUAUAAUCUGUGAUGACUUAAAAGAAGGCGAAAAGCGCUGCAUUCCCAAUCCUGUUUGUAAAUUUGAAGAUGUGUUUGAGCAUUACCCUGAUAUUAUGGCUAAUAUAAGAAAAGCUGGUUUUCAAAAACCUACACCAGUUCAGUCCCAGGCAUGGCCGAUCAUACUCCAAGGAACUGAUCUUAUUGGUAUAGCACAGACCGGUACCGGGAAGACAUUAGCAUACUUAAUGCCUGGAUUCAUUCACUUGACUUCACAACCAGUAUCCAAAGAUCAACGUGGGGGGCCAGGGAUGUUAGUCCUUGCUCCUACUCGAGAACUGGCACUUCAGGUCGAGGCAGAGUGUUCAAAGUACUCGUACAAAGGAAUUAAAAGUAUUUGCAUAUAUGGUGGUGGAAACCGAAAAGGGCAGAUAGACGUGGUUACCAAAGGUGUGGAUAUUGUUAUUGCUACUCCUGGCAGACUGAAUGAUCUUCAGAUGAACAACUUCAUAAAUUUGAAGAGCAUAACCUACUUGGUUUUAGAUGAGGCCGACAGGAUGUUGGAUAUGGGAUUUGAACCUCAGAUAAUGAAGAUCCUAAUAGACGUGCGGCCUGACAGACAAACCGUUAUGACAAGCGCUACUUGGCCUCAUGGUGUUCGUCGCCUAGCAAAAUCCUAUUUGAAAAACCCUAUGAUAGUAUAUGUUGGCACUCUGGACUUAGCAGCAGUAAAUACAGUAGAACAGAAAGUUAUUGUUAUUGCUGAGGAGGAGAAGAGAGAUUUCAUGCAGCGCUUUGUUCAGGCGAUGAAACCGAAAGAUAAGGUCAUCAUUUUUGUGGGAAAAAAACUUACAGCUGAUGACUUAGCAAGCGACUUUGGUCUCCAAGGAAUUCCAGUACAGUCACUUCAUGGUAACAGGGAACAGUGUGAUCGAGAACAGGCUUUAGAUGACUUCAGGCAAGGCAAAGUCAGAAUACUGGUAGCUACUGACUUAGCAUCCCGUGGCCUUGAUGUGCAUGAUAUUACUCACGUCUUCAACUUUGACUUCCCUCGCAACGUUGAGGAGUACGUCCAUAGAGUAGGUCGUACCGGAAGAGCAGGGCGUACUGGGAAGGCAGUAACGCUUGUCACCAAGAGUGAUUGGAGGGUUGCAUCUGAGCUGAUUGAAAUUCUGGAAAGAGCAAACCAAGUAGUUCCUAACGAGCUUAUUGCGAUGGCAGAAAGAUACAGACAAUUUCAAAUCAGAAAAGAAAUGGAAAAAGGUACACCAAGACCUCAGAGAAAGCCCUCAAAAUAUCUGUAA